AUGAGAUUCGUUCCACGAAUAGACCGAUUUUCCAUCCAGCCAGGGCGCGGGUUUUUUCCUUUUAACGAAACCUAUUAAGCCGAAACCGAACACGGUGGUCUCGGUCUCGUUGCGUAUUGUACGAUCGAGCUACCGUCCCCAUCGUCUCUACGUGCCGCUUCCUAUGCACAUCGUUGCGCACGUGUGUACGUUUUAUGUGUGUACACUGUCAUUUGGAGUACGGAACGUAACCUUGAAAAGCCCACCCUCGGAGCGCAAGUUCAAUCGCAGCGGGUGAAGUAACGUUUUUUUUUUUAAAUACCGUGUACACAAAAGUAUCGCGGGCCUCAGCCACCGAACCUGGUAGAUCGUAAUCGUCGAUAAGAUGUUGACGUAAGACAUCGUGAAAAUUUUCUAGAGAAGUGACAUAGAAAGCAGCUAAUGCGGUGGUAAGGCGCGAGUUAUAGGUUAGGGGAGAACACGGAAGUUUUUUCGUCGAGAGAGCCACGAAGAUGUUUUUAAAGAAUUAGGCGGUGAACGCCGCUGUUACGCGCGAUAAGUAAUCCUUUCACGAAGGCAGCGAUUCAGCAUGGUGCAACGUCCAGUAGCGCCUAGGCGCAACGUCAGAAUUUUGUUAAUCGGCGAUCGCGGGGUCGGCAAGACUUCUCUGAUUUUAUCGUUGGUCAGCGAAGAAUUCACGGAAGAUGUGCCCUCGAAAGCGGAGGAGAUCACUAUACCGGCGGACGUUACGCCCGAACAAGUGCCCACGCACAUUGUUGAUUAUUCAGCCGUUGAACAAACCGAAGAUCAUCUCACAGAUGAAAUUCAAAAGGCCCAUGUAAUCUGUGUUGUAUAUUCUGUAGUCGACGAGGAUACGUUGGACAGAGCAGCUACUUAUUGGUUACCUCUGAUCAGACGCUGUUCUUCUAAUAAUCGGUGCCCGAUUGUUCUUGUGGGAAACAAAAUUGAUCUUGUCGAUUAUUCUACUAUUGAGGCUGUAUACCCUAUAAUGAAGGAAUUCACUGAAAUUGAAAGUUGCAUAGAGUGCUCUGCCAGAACGUUGCAAAAUGUAUCGGAAACGUUUUAUUAUGCACAAAAAGCUGUUUUACAUCCUACUACACCAUUAUACAAUUACGACGUUCAAGAGCUUACAGACGAAUGUAAAGUAGCGUUACAAAGAAUUUUUAAGAUAUGCGACUUGGAUAACGACGGUUUGCUAAACGAUAUGGAGUUGAACGCAUUUCAACAAUGGUGCUUCAACAGUCCGCUUCAGCCGCAGGUUUUAGAGGACGUGAAAGCUGUUUUAUCAAAGAAUAUUCAAGAUGGCGUUUGCAACGGAUGCGUUACAAUGAAAGGUUUUAUGUAUCUUCAGUGUCUGUUCAUACAACGCGGGAGAAACGAAACUACUUGGGCUGUGUUGAGAAAAUUUGGUUACGACAAUGAGUUACAAAUGUCCAAAGAAUAUAUACACCCCCCAUUGAAGGUUCCUGUUGGUUGCACGACUGAAUUAUCCCACAAAGGACAAGAAUUUUUAACACUGUUAUUUAUGCAACAUGACCGAGAUCGCGAUGGUGCUCUUUCACCUCCAGAAAUGGAAUCGUUAUUCUCACGGUGCUUAUCCCCACCUUGGAGCGAUGAAUAUAAAUACACUGUGCCAACUAACGAAAAGGGAUGGAUGACCUUUCAAGGUUACAUGUGUCAAUGGGCGCUAUUAACUCUGACUAAUGUACGCAAAGCAUUAGAAUAUAUGGCAUAUCUAGGUUACAACAUGUAUAAUAACGAGUGUCAAACAAACGCGGUGUUGAUCACUCGUGAGAAAAGAUUGGACUUGGCAAAGAAACAAUCGAGCAGAAAUGUUUAUAGCUGUCACGUAAUCGGGCCGAAAUUUAGUGGGAAAACAACACUAUGCAGAACGUUUAUUGAUCCUAAACUCGAGGUAUACACGGCUAAAUUGACCGACGACGUGGUUCCACCAAAGUCACACGUAACUGUGAAUACAGUGCACGUGUAUGGUCAGGAAAAGACAAUAAUUCUGCGGGAUAUAAAUAUACUUAAUGUUCAGGAUGCUUUAACCCCAGCACAAAUUCAAUGUGACGCGGCAGCUCUGGUUUACGAUGCUAGCAAUCCUAAGUCGUUCGAAUAUAUUGCACGAAUUUAUAUUAAAUAUUUUGCAGAUAGUAAGAUUCCCGUUCUGAUAAUAGCAAAUAAGAGCGAUCUCUCUGAAGUGAAACAAGAAUACUUGCUGCAGCCAGUAAGUUUUUGCAAUAAGUACAAACUGAUGCCACCGCAACCUUACAGCAUCUCACGUACCGUAAGACGCGAAAUCUUCGUUAAACUGGCGACAAUGGCAGCUUUCCCCCGCUUUCAAGGAGCAUGGGUAUUAUUUUACAGAGACAGUCCUUUGAGGCGUAUGGUCCACAUGUUGCUUGUGAAACCCUCACCUAGUCAAUGGUGGAGUUCUUUUACAAGGCAUAUAAAUCAAUUUGGACUAAUGCAAGGGGAUUCCAUCGUCUGGUGGAAGGCUGGCCUCGGCAUUGCAGUCGCUACUGUCGUGGGCUUCGUGGUGAUGCGCGUCUUAAAUACAGAGAAAAGAUAGUCUACCAUAUUCCUUUUCUUGCACAUUUAACUGCCUCGUUUGACCGAGUAUAAAGCCGUCUUUGAAAAACGCGUUAAGUUAAUAAACUAUGUUCUUAAAUCAUUAAUUUCUUCUGUGUCCUUGAUCAUUUCGUAAUGGAAACAAAAGAUUAAUAUUUCUGCUCGCCCCCUUUCAUCCGUUAAGGAAGUUGCUCUUAACCCCCAAUCCGCGAACUUAACAUUUAUCUUCAUUCCACAUAUCACACCUAAAAAUAUCGACUUCAUCUCGAUUACGUUAAAAUGGAACGUGAAUCCACGAUCCUUUCCCGUUUAACAUACAUUCUAGAUACAGAUCUAGCGAUGAACUUAUUGAUCUUAGAACCAAAAAUUUGCUAAAAUUUAAACUCGUAAGAAAAGUCACAGCGAUCUGUGCAAGUCUUUAUCCUGUCUUGAACGUUAUGUCCGAUCAAGACAGAAUUUUCAAUGUUGAUUCCAAUUAAUAUUUAAGAAUUAUUUCGAAGACCAUUGCAUGGAAAGGGUUCGCGAGCUCUACGUAUUCAUAUAUGAAGCUCGAUAUUAGACCGCCAAAAGAGGUCUGCGGGGAAAAAAAGAACUACUGCCUUGGAGUAUCGUAAGUCCUCGACUGACGCGAUUAAUUUCUUCCAAAGCUUUUCGAAUUAUAAGUCUGAUAUAAAUCUGUGUAAUUCGAAACCGCGUAACUCGAGGAUUUACAGGUUAUUCAUCUAUUGUAAAAGAAACUCUCGUAUCUCAAGAACACAAUAUUCUCGCCUUUCUGUGGAAUCUAGUUUGUUGAAAUUCUACAGGAGAUUCGCGUCUCGUGUUGUGUUUCAAUUUCAUUAACACACUUUAAAUAAAAAUGAGGAUUUUUGCUCAUUGCCUUUUAUUACACGUCGUCCAAAAGGGAAGCAAAACAAAACUAACUUCGCGUUCAACGUGUUGACUACAGAAUACAAUUAGCAAAUCUAUAAUGUAUAAAGUUCUUUAUUAGAACACCAAGUCACCAGGGGGGAAAACAAUGAAUCACCAAGUUCAGUAAUUUUAUCACAGACAGAUUCUUUUCUGGCACAAAUACAAAUUUCAAUUCAGAGCACUAUUGCAUCACAUAAUUCACAGCAAAUAGGAGGAACAUGUGCAGCAGUCCCUCCCCUUUCGUUAUCCAAUAAAAUGUUCCAUGAUCGUCCGUCGCGAUUACGUGAUUACAAUAUUAGGGUUGAACACGUACUAGGAGGGUCUAAAUUGUAAAUCAAUUAAGCGAGCAUACAUUGUAAGU